AUGGUACUACCCGGAUCUCUCAUUCCAGACUCCAACAAACGUCAGCGAGAAAAUUCAGCCCCUGCCAGGCCUCCACCUGGUAGUGCUAGCGAAAGACUGGCUCGGCUUCUAGAGCGCGAAGAGGCAGCCUCACAAUCUAAGAAUGCUCGUUUGGAGCAAACGUCCAUUCCGACUCCCCCCAUCCCCAAUGACAGGGAUAGUGUCGAUGAGGACGAUCAGCCACAGGAGUUUUACCACGAUCUUCAACUGACAGGUGUAGUUGAUGAUAUUGCUCCGGUCAACAAUGGGACGGAGAUUCAUCCACCUGGUCUACGAUCAGCAUACUUCAAGAGUGUAACUUAUCAAGAACAUACCCUUACUAGUGAAGCUAACUGGAAAAAGAUAAUUCCAGAUCUAUUCAAUUCUUUCAUGAUGUGUUCUCUCAAGACACGUCAAUGGGGGGAUGAAGCGACAUGGAACAGCGACUUCAAUCAAUUAUGUGCAUGCCCGAGUUGGAAGAAGAGCCGAGUUGAUGUUGAUGUGAUUGAUCUGACUAAAACCAUUCUUCAUCUCGAAUCUGAAGCAUCUUUUUGA